UAUAAUGGCGUUAUGUAUUGCACAGGUGACCCCAAUGACAGCAUUGAAGUUUGCGGAGCUUACAGUCAAGGCUGGAUUCCCUCCUGGAGUCAUCAACAUCUUGCCAGGAUCAGGUUUGUAUAAACCUACUGUAAUCCAUUCAGUAAAUGAGUAGUUUUCAAUGCCAGUUAACAAAUUCUGGUACUGUCUACUUCCUUGAAUUUCAGAGAUGAAACUACUUUGUUUACGUAUAUAUAUAGUUUGUCCUCGUUAUCAGUGAAAUGCUGUCGAUGAAAAGAUCUAAUAUAUUAUUUGAAUAUUUAUUUGGCUUUUCCAGGUUCUUUGAUUGGUAAUUACAUGUGUGAACAUCCUGACAUCAGUAAAGUCGGUUUCACUGGUUCAACUCCUGUUGGCAAGACUAUCAUGUCCAAGUAAGUUGUGCAGAGCCUACUAAUAUCAUCUUUAAUAGUACAGCUUAAACAAUGUUAAAUAUGCUCUGAAUCAUUCGUAAUCUUUUUUUCUCAUCUCAACAGUUGCAGUCCUUCACUAAAGCGAGUUCAGUUGGAGCUUGGUGGCAAAUCACCAUUGAUCAUUUUUGCAGAUUGUGACUUGGAUCGAGCCGUCCGUCAGGUAUGGUAGCAAUAACUAUUCGUCAUAGAAAUAAGAGAUAUGGAAAGAUAUAGAAUAAAUAUACCUUACCAUAGCAGUGCCUUAGUAUAUAUACACCCAUACCUUAACAUGGCAGUACCCUAGUAUAUAUAUAUAUAUAUAUAUUCUAAAAGCUCAUUCACACUGAAUGAGUGGAGGUUCAAUCUGAGCUUCUCUUGAGUGUUAAUCCUGUUUUUGAAUAGCUGGAGGGCUAGUGUCAUACCUUACUCGGUAACUACUCACCCUCCAGCUAUUCAAAAACAGCAUUGACACUCAUUGACAAGAGAAGCUAAGAUUGAACCUCCACUCAUUGAGUGUGAGUGAGCUUUUAGAAUACGGGCGAUACAAUAAUAAAGAUGUCUAUUUGUUUUUCAGGGUCUCAUGGCUUGCUUCUUCAACAAAGGAGAGAAUUGUAUUGCCGCAGGUAAAGAUUUAGAAGUCUCGUGCAUAUAUUGUUGGCUUUCUGUACGACCAUGACUGGACGGCAGUUUAAGAUAUUGCGUUCUGUUUUAGGUCGGCUGUUUGUUGAAGAAUCCAUUCAUGACGAAUUCGUAGAAAAAGUGGUAAGUUUCUCCAUCGGUAAUACAUUAGUCCAAAACCAAAAUGAAUUAUUCAAUUAUUUUUCUGUCUAGCUGUAUUUGUCCUAAAGGCUUCUUAUUACACGCGUAAAAAUCUCACAUCUUGUAGCAAGUCUGCCAACAAGCCGUCAACAAGUUGUGUUCGCACUGCUUGUCCAAAGUUGUCAACAAGUAUGGAACAAGCUGUUAACAACUUGUAACAAGUUUGUUGAUAUUAUCAGACUUGUUGCAAAGUUGUUCCAACAAGUCCGAUACAGUCAUGAUAUAACAAUAUUGUUACAACCUUGUGUCGUCAAACUUGUAACAUUCUUGUUAUAUCAUGACUGUAUGAUCAGACUUGUUAGAACAACAUUGUAACAAGUCUGAUAAUGCCAUCAAGCUUGUUACAAGUUGUUAACAGCUUGUUCCGAACUUGUUACAGGAACUGGGAACAAGCAGUGCGAACACAACUUGUCGACAGCUUGUGAAUGGAUUUUGUAACAACUAGUUUGCAGACCUGUAACAACUUGUGCGUUUUUACGUGUGUACACUUACAUACCUCACUUGCAGAGAUUUAUUUUGCAUUUCGUUCUCCACAGGUGGCUGAAGUAAAGAAAAUGAAAAUUGGCAAUCCACUGGAUCGUUCAACAGACCAUGGUCCACAGAAUCAUAAAUCUCAUCUCGAUUCCCUCUUGUCGUAUGUCGAUACUGGCGUCAAGGAGGGGGCUACUUUGGUAUAUGGAGGAAAACGAGUCGACACGCCGGGUAAAUAUACAGAGCUUGACUUUAUUCACACUAGAUAACAGUAUGAGUUCUGUAAUUGGCCGCAGGAAGAAUUCAGAUUACCAGUAAAAAACCUGCAGUGUUUGAGAAAUAUUCAAGACUCUCGAAGGACAUCGUACUCAUUGAAUGAAUAUAGCAGUUUUGUUACAACCUUGUGUCGUCAACGUUGUAACAUUCUUGUUUGUCAUGACUGUAUCAGACUUUUUAGAACUGCCUUGUAACAAGUCUGAUAAUGCCAUCAAGCUUGUUACAAGUUGUUAACAGCUUGUUCCAAACUUGUUACAACAACUGGGAACAAGCAGUGCGAACACAACUUGUCGACAGCUCGUGAACAGAUUUGUAACAACUUGUUUGCAGACCUGUAACAACGUGUGCGUUUUUGCGUGUGCAUUAAUUUGCGGUUAGAACUCGACAACUGGACUCUGUACACGUAAAAACGCACAAGUUGUUACAGGUCUGCAAACAAGUUGUCACAAAUCUGUUCACAAGCUGUCGACAAGUUGUGUUCGCACUGCUUGUUCCCAGUUGUUGUAACAAGUUUGGACCAAGCUGUUAACAACUUGUAACAAGCUUCAUGGCAUUAUCAGACUUGUUGCAAGGUUGUUCUAAGAAGUCUGAUACAGUCAUGAUAAAACAAGAAUGUUACAUGUUUGAUGACACAAAAUUGUAACAAUAUUGUUAUAUCAUGACUGUAUCAGACUUGUUGGAACAACCUUGCUACAAGCCUGAUGAUAUCAACAAGAUUGUUACAAGCUGUUUAAAUAACUUGUACAAUAUUGUUAUAUCAUGACUGUAUCAGACUUGUUACAACAACCUUGCUACAAGUCUGAUAAUAUCAACAUGCUUGUUACAAGCUGUUUAAACAACUUGUACAAUAUUGUUAUAUCAUGACUGUAUCGGACUUGUUGGAACAACCUUGCUACAAGUCUGAUAAUAUCAACAAGCUUGUUACAAGCUGUUUAAUCAACUUGUACAAUAUUGUUAUAUCAUGACUGUAUCAGACUUGUUGGAACAACCUUGCUACAAGUCUGAUAAUAUCAACAAGCUUGUUGCAAGCUGUUUAAUCAACUUGUACAAUAUUGUUAUAUCAUAACUGCAUCAGACUUGUUGGAACAGCCUUGCUACAAGUCUGAUAAUAUCAACAAAAUUGUUACAAGCUGUUAACAACUUGUACAAUAUUGUUAUAUCAAGAAUGUAUCAGACUUGUUGGAACAAUCUUGCUACAAGCCUGAUAAUAUCAACAAGAUUGUUACAAGCUGUUAACCCCAGUCCCAGAAGGAAAGAAGACAUGCGCUAAAAUCGUGAUGUUAUUUUAGGUUGGUAUAUGGAGCCAGCAGUGUUCACGAAUGUCCAAGAUGGAACAUUCAUUGCGAAAGAAGAAUCGUUUGGUCCAAUAAUGGUCAUAUCCAAGUUUGAUAAUGGGUAACCUUGUUUGCAUUGUAUAUAACAAAUAGAUUAAUUGUUUUCACUAUUUUGCGACAGAUGAAAGUGAUACUGCUUGAUAUAUACACACAAAAAAUCUCACAACUUGUCAACAAGAUGUGUUCGCAACAGGCUUGUAGCAAACUUGUCAACAAGUUGUAACAAUGCUGUUACGACAAUAUGCAGGACGAUAGCAAGUUGUUAGAACAACUUGUAACAAGUCUGUUGAGCUCAACGACCUUGUAGCAAAUUUUUAACAGACCGUUGACAACUUGUUAACAAGCUGGGAACAAGCAGUGCGAACACAUCCUGUUGACAAGUUGUUGGAAUAGCAUUGCUACAAGUCUGCUGCAGGUUUGUUGCAACUUGUGCGUCUUUACGUGUGUAGCACACGAGUAAAAUCUCGCAGCUUGUGAACAACAUGUGUUCGCACUGCUUGUUCCCAGUUGUUGACAAAUCCGGAACAACUGUUAUCUUCUUGUAACAAGGUUGAUGAGGCCAAGAGACUCGCAACAAGUUGUUCCAACAAGUCUGAUAUAGUCUUGAGAACAAUCUUCUUACAACUCGUUUGAAGAUCUAUAACAACUUGUGUGUUUUUACUUGUGUAGUCUCGUAUGUGAAGGCUUUCAUUUUCUUGAAGUGUCGACAUUUCUGAACUUGGCCAGACCCAGACACCUUAGUUCGAGUCUCUUACAACUUGUGUUUAUUUCAGAGAUGUUGAUGGCGUCAUAAAACGAGCAAAUGCGACAGAGUACGGUCUCGCGUCUGGUGUGUUCACCAAAGAUCUCAGCAAGGUACGUCAAUUCCACUUCCUUUUUUGUUGGCGGAUCUAAACCAGAGCGUCAUAAAGGAAGUAUCCCAAUUAAUUCAGCGUUCCUACAAGAGAAGCUAACAUUUGCACUGAAUACAGCAGCUCAUCUAAAAUGUUCUCCCUGCCCAUGACAACCUGCAAACGUAUUUUGUUCAAUGAUGUUUAAACAUGUUCUGUAACUUGAUGCAGGCUCUGAGAGUUUCUGAUGGUCUUGAAGCUGGAACGUGUUUUGUUAAUUGCUACAACAAGACGGAUGUAGCUGCUCCUUUCGGUGGAUUUAAACAGUCUGGCUUUGGAAAAGAUUUAGGUAUGAUGGUACAUAUUACAUUGUCCUGUGGUGCAACUGUGUGUUGUCUCUGUCUGUCUGCCUGUAUUUAUUUAUUUAUUUAUUUUGCUUUGCCUAUAAUUACACAAUCAAACAACACGCAUACCCAACCAUUUCUGUCCAACCCCAAAACGCGCAAACUUCAACGCAACGUACAUGAUGCAAAAUUAAACCUAGGACGGUUUAAUUUUCGAAUCAUACACAUCAUUCAUUAUGUAUGAGUCUGUCUGUAUGUGUCUGUUUAUCUGUCUGUGUUUGUUUGUCUGUAUAUGUCUGUUUAUCUGUCUGUGUCUGUUUAUCUGUCUGUGUUUGUUUAUCUGUCUGUGUUUGUUUGUGUCUGUUUAUCUGUCUGUGUUUGUUUGUCUGUAUGUGUCUGUUUAUCUGUCUGUUUGUCUGUAUGUGUCUGUUUAUCUGUCUGCGUUUGUUUGUCUGUAUGUGUCUGUUUAUCUGUCUGUGUUUGUUUGUCUGUAUGUGUCUGUUUAUCUGUCUGUGUUUGUUUGUGUCUGUUUAUCUGUUUGUUUAUCUGUCUGUGUUUGUUUGUCUGUAUGCGUCUGUUUGUCUUGUCUGUCUACAUUUGUCUGUAUGUUUGCCUGUCUGUCUGUUUGUCUGUAUGUGUCUGUAUGUAUGUGUUUAUCUGUUUGUUUGUUUGUCUGUCUGUUUGUCUAUCUGUUUGUCUGUCUGUUUGUCUGUCUGUUUGUCUGUCUGUGUCUGUAUGUGUGUGUGUGUCUGUUUCUUUGCCUGUCUGUCGUCUGUAUGUGUCUGUCUAUCUGUCUGUCUGUCUGUCUGUCUGCAUGCAUUUGUUUGUCUGUCUGUAUGCAUGUGUCUGUAUGUUUGCCUGUCUGUCUGUUUGUGUCUUUUUGUCUGUAUGUGUCUGUCUGUAUAUGUCUGUUUGUCUGUCUGCAUGCAUCUGUUUGACUGUCUGUCUGUCUGUAUGUGUCUGUCUGUAUGUGUGUCUCUGUUUGUCUGUCUGUGUCUGUCUGUCUGUAUGUGUAUGUUUGUCUGUCUGUAUGCAUUUGUUUGUUUGUCUGUAUGUGUCUGUUUGUCUGUCUGUAUGUUUGUUUGUUUGUCUGUGUCUGUCUGUCUGUCUGUCUGUCUGUCUGUCUGUCUGUCUGUCUGUCUGUCUGUCUGUCUGUCUGUCUGUCUGUCUGUCUGUCUGUCUGUAUGUAUGUAUGGAUGUGUCGGUUUGUCUGUCUGUGUCUGGAUGUCUGUUUGCAUGCAUGUGUCUGUAUAUAUGUUUGUCUGUAUGUGUCUGUUUGUCUAUAUAUGUUUGCUUGCUUGUCUUCUUAUUUAUUAGUCAUUCUUCAUUCAAAGGACUAACAAAGGUUCAACGAUUGAAAAUUGUUGUGUUAAGUUGUGAUUGUUAUAAAUGGGAAUUAUGAUUAUCUUUUCAGGAGAGGAAGCGUUGAACGAAUAUCUCCGAACCAAAGUGGUGACAGUUGAGUAUUAAAAUAAUGAAACACGAUGCUCUAAGCAAAACUUAAUAAAAUAUAAUAUAAUCUUAAUGGUUUUAGUAUAUGAAACGAUUCAGAGAUGUAUCUAAGAUACGAACAAUAUGCGUAAGUUGAUAUUUUAGGGUCACAUAUAUAUAUCAUUUAUUCAUACUAUAAGAUAUGACGGUAACAUCUGUGUGAUUGCAUUUGUUCUAUCGACGGCAUUUUA